AUGACUGUCAUGAACUAUGAGUACUGGACUUUUAUACAGGAAUAUGCACGCAUUGAGUACGCAGUUAUUUCGUGCAUCGUGUUAUUACUGUUAUUGUACAGUUUUGUUCUUUUCGUAAGAAAUUUACAAAUUUCUUCCAAAGUUCCAAUAUCAGUGCAAAAGGUGUUAAUCAUCACAGCACAUCCUGAUGAUGAGUGUAUGUUUUUUUCUCCAACCAUCCAAUCAUUAUUGAAUUCGGGGCACUUUGUUCACCUUUUAUGUCUUUCUAAUGGGAAUUUCUAUGGCUUGGGGAAAACCAGAUCACUUGAGCUAUUUAACAGCUGCGAAGCAUUAGGAAUUCCACUAAGAAAUGUAUAUUUAUUUAACCACAGUGACCUACAAGAUCAUCCUGAACACCCAUGGAAAUUAAAAAAUGUGGAGAAAAUUAUUCUUCCAGUCAUGUACUACUUACAGCCACAUUUGGUCAUCACCUUUGAUAACUAUGGUGUGAGUGGCCACAGUAACCAUAUAUCGAUUCAUGAUGCACUUCAGAGUUUAAGCAACAAAGGGAUUCUUCCCAACAAUUUGCGGGCAUUCCAUCUAAAGAGUAGCAGCAUCUUCCGGAAAUAUGUCUCCAUUCUGGAUCUUCCUUUAACCAUAUUGACAUCUCAAUAUUUAUCUGUUGUUUCACCUUGGGGACUAUUAAAAGGAUGGUGGGCCAUGCUGAAUCACUGGAGCCAGUUUGUGUGGUUCAGGGCUCUCUACAUUGUAUUCUCUAGAUACAUGCUGAUAAACACUCUAGAGGAAAUUCUUCCUCAGGACAUCAGCAUGUCAAGCACAGACGAUGAAGAGGAACAGAAUUUGCCCAAUAAGUUGAAAGUUGCAGACAGGAGAAGCAAAAUGCGUAGAGGAAAAGGAAGUUCUAGAGUAGAGUAAAUUUCAAUAGCAACAGAUUAAAAUUUUUGUAAAUUCCCUGAUUUUAUACCUUUUGUGUGAUUAUUUAUUUUAAAUAACGCACAUCAAAGAUUAAAAUUAUUGGAAGAUAUCAUCUUUGUGUUGUAAAUAUCUUUUUUUAAUAAAAUAUAAUAAUGAUGCAAAAAUAGUCAGUUUACAUGUGAAUUAUUACAAUAGUACUUUCUUCUCACAUAUUUAGUUGAAUGAUUUCUUUGCCACAUUUUACUUGUAGUUUGUGUUUUUUCUUUCUCCCUUUUUUAGGGAUAACUUAAUUUUUUAAGCCCAUGGCAGUUUCACAUUAACAGAGCCAACUCACCACAGAAAUUUUCUUGUUCUCAUUCAUAAUUUUGUGAACAAAUCUCAUCUAAUCUUAUCAGAGCAGAAGCAGUUUUCAUAAAGUGGUCAUUAUUUUCUUAACUUUAAGGUCAGACACGACCUAUCUUCCAUUUUUUCUUAUCUCCACAUUGUGAAGAUUUCCACUUAGUAAUUUUAUAAUUAUAUUUUAUGUUAUAUGAUUCUUUUUUUAUUUAGAUAAAAAGUGUUCAAUUGAAAAUGUAUAGAAUGGCUUUAUUUAUAAGCAUUCAAAUGCAUUUUGCAUGCUAUUUUAAAAAAAAUCGAAAUAUUCUAACUCCGAAAAGAGCCUGGUAAUGAACCCUGAAUUUUUGGGAAUUAACAGGUUUAAAUGUUAAUAAGAAAUAAAAUAUCAUGGAAAAUUAUAUAAAAUUGAGGAACAUCUCGUGUGUCCUUAAAUUUAUUUUUUAAUAUAAUGGGAUUAAAUUGCAAAGUAAUAAAUAUGCUUCAGAUAACAACCAAAUACAUGUACAUGUAAUUAUAAUGUUUAUUCUUGUACUAUCAAGCACCCUCAAAUGUAAAAUUUCUCUAUAAGUUGUGAAUGUUUGUAGUUUCAACAUCCUGGAUGCAGGGGAUUUUAGCAUGUCUUGCACAUUCUUGUCCUUUCAAUGAAUUGACCCACAUUGAGACUGGCAAUAUGUUUUCCAUAAUGAGCAACAUUUACAUGCAUUCAUAGAGAUUGUUUAAGAAUAUAAUGCAAACAUAGAAUGAAAUUUUUUUUACACAUGUACAAUAUAAACAAAAUUCUUUAAUUAUGUGAAACUUUCAAUUUUAAAAUUACAUAAAACUGUAUUUAUACUUUAUUGCAUGAAUUCUAGGUAUAUUAUUGUAUUGUUGAUUUGUGUGUUUGUGCUAUUGUAUAUUUGAGAUAUUAUGGGUUUUUUUUUACUUUAUACAUGUAUAAUGGCAGGUUUUGUUUUUAAAACCUUUUUUAAGCUUUCAUUAUUUUAUUUAUUUUUCUCAUUCUCAACUUACGCCACCAACAAAAAAUGAAAUUAAAUUUAAUAAGCCCCCUAGCUUAAUACUGGUACCAGUAUUUUAAGUUGUAUAAAAUAAGGCCACAUAUUCUGUGGUCUGUCCCAAGUUAUUGCUUCCAUCAUUUUUUGAUGAUUUUGAAUAAAAAUACACAUACCUGUGAAAGAAAUACAAUUGAAAUCGAUAAAAGGGAAUAUGUCAAGAAAUCUUUAUUGAACAAUGAUCAUUUUUCACUAAUAAAAGUUCACAGGAACGAAAACAAAUUUCUUACGGAGAUUUAUAAUGGGAAAUGUUUACAUUUUUUCUCCAUUCGGAAGUACUCGGGAUACCUCGCGCAAUUUUUUAACGUAAUCAUCCGGACUUAUUAAUGGCUGAUGAAAUGCAAAAUCCCCGUAGACUUUCUAUUUUUUGGAUGUGUAUUGAAACCUGAAAUUGUAGAGGGGCCGUUUCAAAACAGAAAAUCUGGUCAUUUUUGGGAGCUGAUUUUAAUAAACUCUCCUAUGCAGUUACUCAGACAAACCGAAAGUGAAACAGUGUUUGGACCUCAGCACAAAUCAUUGCUGCUGACAAGACUUAGUUCUUGAAAUUAAUUGAUGAAUUCGAUGUAAUGUAUGCAUAAGCAUUGUUUUUCAAGGAAACUUAUUUAUAAAAACCUUGAAAAUAGUCAGAUUUUAAAUGUUACAGACACUUUAAAUAUUUUUUGUAGUUGUAUGUAUUCCUACGCCAGAGUUCAAUAUAGUCUCGUUCAACUGGACGCUCGGCUGUCUCCGUAAAUCCUUGUCGGAGAUUUACGGUGUCAGCCGAGCGUUUGGUUGAACGAGACUAGAGUUCAAUAUUGCUUGGAUCCAUACAAUUUUCGAGAAAUAUUUCUACUACUGAUACAUAGUUUGAUUGAAUUAAUAUUAUCUUUAAAUAUUAUUUAACAUGAUUCAUAUGGUGGUUUCUCGACAUUCUUGUCGAAAAAGUCCAAAAAUUCAUGUUAUAAAAAUGUGCGUAAUUCAAAUUAGAAACUACAUGUACUUGUCAUGAAAAAUAUCAUAAUUGAUUUUAAAAUAAAUAAACAUCGACAAAAUCAACUCCCGUCAGUUCUUCAGUACUUUGAUUCAUAUCAGUGGAUGAACUUAGUUUUAGCACAAAGGUAUUUAUUAUUAUCGAAAUAUCAAGCAAAAUGUGGUGGAAGCAAAAACUCGGGACAGAGUAUAGCUAAUUAUAAGGGUCCCGCUCGAUGGAUACCUUAUAGUGAUCAGUCUGUCCUUCCAUCCAUCUGUCUGCCAGAGAUAACUUUUUCGGGGCAGAUCGUCCCAUUGGCCCAAUCUGGCUCAUACUUCAUCAACAUAUCUAGAGCACCUUUGGGUAAAGGGUGUGCAGUGACCUUGAACCAAGUUUCUAAGUUUAAGGUUAAGGUCAUAGCAGAAUUAUGUGAAAAACAUGUUCAGAUCAUACAUUCUCUCCCCUUGGUCCAAUAUUGCUCAUACAUUGUACUUUACGUACAGAGUGCCUUUAGUCAAAGGUCUAGGUCAUAUUUGACUUCACAAUUUUUUUUCAGAGCAUAUUUAUUCUCCCACGUAGCCCUAUCUAGCUCAUACUUUACAUAAAAAGAUUUUACGAUUUUGGACCAAGUUUCAAGGUCAAAUGUGAAUGUCAUAUCUGAAUGAAAAUAAAGUUUUAGUCCAUAAAGUAUUUCCCACUGGCUUAAUCUGCUCAGAUUACACCCUAAAAUGUAUGUUGGUAAGGGAUAAUUAGUAUGACUUAAAGUUUUAUGCCAACUGGAAAAUUUCUUUUAAGUUAUAUGUCAACGUCAAAGCAAAACCCUCUGAAAUGUUUUUAUCCUACUUUCCAUUAUUUAAGCGGGAAUGGUCACCAUUUCAAUGAUGUCUAAUUUGAUAUUUAUUUGGAAAAGGGGGUAAUACAAACAUACCAGAUUAUAUUAUUUUUCAAAAAGGCAAAAGUUGAUUUUUUAUUAUCAUAAGUGAAGUUCUUUGUAUCAUUAUGUUUAUUUAUUUAGCAAUGAAUUACAUGCUAUUUAAUAAUACACUCAGCAUAAACAAAAAGGGUCAUGGAAGAUAAUGAUGGAAAAAUAUCAUUUUUAUUAGAGAUAUUUUAUGAAAGUAUAGUAUUGUAUAUAGUAUACUAUAGCAAACAUUUUUGAAUAUUUACAUUUGCAUGUUGUUGUAGGUAUUUAUCAAUAAAUAGUUCAACUUUUAAA